GGAGGAAGCUUCUCCAAGACCAACUCACUCGGCCCCGGCUUGCAAAGUUGUUUUCUCAAAGGAUUUAACAUUCCAGUGAGGGCCGAGAGGUCGACGAUCUUACACCACCCCUGCAAACCCAUCUCAGUGUCAGUCGACAAGUGGAUACAUCUACCGGAAGGUCGGUCCAAUCUUGGCAAAAUGUGGAAAAGGUCAAAGGGCUCUGGACGCACCAAACAGUGUUUCUCCCUCGUUCAUCAGUACAUUCAACAUUUCAAUGAGAAAGCUGGCAACAAAACAGCUUCUAUCCGGAGAAGAUCUAAAAUCCCUGGGGUGGUCAUCACACAAUAUACAAUCAACAUACCAGAGGGGAAAAGCGUACCAGAUUUCAAACGUAAACUAAACCAAGUAAAUGUCCCAGAAGGGAAAUCAGCUGUUUUCAAGGCAUUGAUUGCAGGAGAGCCAAAACCUGAAGUGACAUGGAAAAGAGUAAGAGGCAACAUUUCAGACAAUGAAAAAUAUCAGACUAGGUAUGAUGAAUCAACAGGGGAGUACAUAUUAGAGAUUCGGGCAGUAAUGGGUGCAGAUGCAGACACAUACAAAUGCUUUGCAGUCAAUGAAUAUGGAAAAGCCAUCUGCGCCACGGCAUUAAAUGUUACAGAUGUUGUAACUGAUCCAUCAGAUUUCAGAAAAAUGUUGAGAAAGACAAACUCAAAUAUUUUCAAUGAAAACAACACAGAUAAAGUCAAAGAGCGAGAGGAGCGAUACCGGGAGACCUUGCAGAGGGACUAUGAUGCACUAGGACCUGAGGACAUGCAUUUGAUGCGCAAGAAAAUGGAGGAAAAGAGACAGCGAGCACUACAGGAUGGAAUCAGUGCCUCCGAUGAAGAUUUAUUGAGGAUAGCCGGCCUUGUAAGCGGUGGGAAUGCAAAGGAUGCUGAAAACUUUUCAAUUCCCAAUCUGGACUUUGUUGUCAAACUUCAAGAAGCAGUAACAGAAGAACAAGAUACCGCACUCUUUGAAUGUGUCCUUACCCAUCCACUUCCCAAGAUCACGUGGCUGGGUAACGGCAACGUGCUGGAGGACAGUGAAAAAUACAAAAUCAGCGUGUCCGACCACAACAUGAUCCACAGGUUGCUGAUCAAAGACUGCACCGGGGAAGACAAAGGUGUCUACUCAGCUGUGGCUGGCAGUGCAUCAUGCAAGGCUGAGCUAGAUGUGGAAGCUGACCUUGAAGCGGCUGGCAAGAAGAAAACUGGAGGGGCAGGAAUAGACCUUGAGCAAGUGGUCAGAGAGCAGCAAAUCAAAAACCGAGAAGAAAUGGAGAAGCUUCUGGAAGCUGUCAAAGCAAAACAUGAUGCAGGAGAACUGACAGAACAGAAGACAUUAUCCACUUAUGGAAAAGAUGGAGAGCUCAUUUCAUUGACCGGACCUGUUAAAUACAGUGGGGGUGACCUGCAUGAUGCAAACAUUAAUGGCAAUAUUCUCAAGUCAGUGCUCAAUGCACUCAGUGUUGGCGAUGGUUUUGAAGCAGGAAAAUCUGAGGGAAAUGAGGACCGUGAUGCAGGAAACAUGGAUGAAGAGACAGAGCUGGAUGCACAAGAGUGGGGCGACGCACGUGAUGAUGAGUUGAAUGAAGUAAACGCGAAGCUGACGGCGAAAAAGAAAAAACGUCAGAGCUUAUUUAAUGAAGACAGUGAGUUGAUGGAAGAUGAAGAAGUGAUUGGUGUUGCCACACAACCGAGACGUAAAAGAAUCGGCCCACUGAUAGAAGAUGUAGUUAUUGAUCCCGGGGUUCAAUUUAUCUGGGGAUUGUCUGACAUCAAUGCCAUCAUCGGUGAGAAUGCGGAGCUAACGUGUAAACUCAGCAAAGAAGACUACGAGGGAGUCUGGUUCAGAGAUGGCGAAAAGCUCAUUCCAGACGACACGUUUAUAAUCUCGAAAGAGGGUGCAAUCCAUAAAUUACUUAUAAUGAAAUGCCAGGAGGAGCACUCUGGGAAAUACCGUUUUGAGGCAGACAAUCGAAAAACAGAAGCAGUGGUGAACGUCAAAGAUCCUCCAAGGUUUGAUCCCGACGACCUCAGUGUGUUCACAGAGCCUUUAAGAAUUAAAAUAGGGCACAACGCCGUCUUCAAACUGAAUUUUCUCGGCUUUGAGCCCAUUAAGAUCCAGUGGUACAGAGAGGGAGAGGAGCUCCAUGACGACGCCAGCAGCACCAGGGUAGAGAAAUCGUCCAAUCACAGCCGCCUGCUGUUGAGCAGAUGCCAGAGGAGGGAUUCGGGAGAGAUCAAGAUCAAGCUCAAAAAUGAACAUGGCACCGCUGAGGCAAUUACACAGCUCAUUGUGCUUGACAAACCCACUUCACCGCUGGGUCCUGCAGAGAUAACACUAAGUUCUGCUACGUGCAUUGAAUUUAAGUGGAGGCCUCCGAAGGAUGAUGGUGGCUCGCCAGUGAUGAACUAUAUCAUGGAGCGACAACAGGUUGGGCGAAACACUUGGAAAAAAGUAGGAGAGAUCCCUGGCGUACCUUUCUACCGUGACACAGACGUGGACCGUGGACGCAAAUACUGCUAUAGAAUCCGAGCUUUGACCUCAGAGGGUGUGAGUGAUGUGAUGGAGACUGAAGACCUGCAAGCUGGGAUACUAGCCUUCCCUGGUGCCCCAACACCUCCAAAGGUGGUCAGUGCCUUUGACGACUGCAUAAACCUUUCUUGGACAGCACCAAGUAAUACGGGAGGAUCACAAAUUCUGGGCUACAUUUUGGAAAAACGCAAGAAGGGAAGUAACCUCUGGACUGCGGUGAAUGCUUCAAAUGAGCCAAUAAAAGAGAAGAAAUGUGCAGUGAAGGAUGUUGUGGCAGGUAUGGAGUACGAAUUCAGAGUUUUGGCGGUCAACCUUUCGGGACCUGGUGAAUUCAGCAACCCGUGUGAUUUUGUUUUCGCACGGGAUCCCAAAAAACCUCCUGGUAAAGUUAUUGGCUUAAAAGUGACAGAAACGUCUUACAACCACUUUGUCUUGACUUGGACCAAACCUGAGGACAAACCUGACGUACAGGAUGAAGCCAAAGGAUAUUUUGUCGAGAUAAGGAAUGCACAGUGCCUUGAAUGGUCCCGAAGCACCACCAUCACCACCACCUACACGGCAAAAGGCCUGAGGGCAAUGGAUAUGUACUGGGUCAGAGUCAUUGCAAGCAAUGACGGAGGAGAGAGUGAACCCGAGGAGCUGGCCAACUAUGUCCUUGCAAUGCCACCUCUUGUGAGACCAAAAUUCACAAACAAAAAGAUGAAGACAUUCGUGGUGGUGAGGGCUGGUAACACCGUCAGGGUCACCAUAAACUUUGAGGCUUCCCCACCUCCAGACAUCAUGUGGCUCAAGGACAACGGGCCGGUGCCAAAGCGGGUUACUGUGAGUAACUCAGACGGCGCAUCACAGAUAUUGAUCCCUUCGUCCGAGCGCUCCGAUUCUGGCAUCUAUUCCAUUUUGGUGAAAAAUCUGGCAGGACAGGAAACCUUCAGUACCGAAGUCAGGGUCACAGAUGAUCCUAAACCACCUGGACCAGUGGAACUGGAGGAAAACGUGCCUGGCACAGUGACGGUGACCUGGCAACCUUCUCCCGAUGAGAAGCUUGACGACCGGCUACACUACACAGUUUCCAAACUGGACUCAACCAAACGCACAUGGGCCACAGUGGCCGACAGACUCUUCAAUAACAAGCUCACAGUGUGCAAUAUCAUGCACGGGAGGGAAUAUCAUUUCCGGAUCUACGCCAAGAACGACAUGGGCAUAUCGGCACCCUCAGAAUCACCCACCUGGGGGGUGGAGAGAAAGAAAGAAAAAGUUUCACUGAACUUAUCAACCAGAGAAGAACGCGACUUGCGAUGUGCUCCGGACUUCAUCGUACCUUUAAAGCUUCACACGGCACCAAAAGGCUACGAAUGCUACAUGAGCUGUGCCGUGACAGGAAACCCCAAACCUCGCAUCACGUGGUACCGGAAUCACGUCAACAUAAACACUAAUACCAACUAUUACAUCUCAAACACCUGUGGAGUUUGCUCCAUGUUGAUCCUCAGCGUGGGCCCCAAAGAUGUCGGAAAGUACACGGUCACAGCAGAGAACGCUCUGGGUCGAUCCGAAUGUUCCACCAUGCUCAGUGUCAGAGAGUGAAGAAACCACCAACAACAUUUUUUUUAUUAUUAUUACUUUUUCAGAUCUGUCAAUGUUUGUGUUGGUGUGGUUGUGCUGCUUGGAUGUGACACAUGAGUUGCAUGACAUUAUUUGUUGGUUUGUUACAAAAACUGAAAUAAAUA